CUUUCCCUUCAGUGCCCGUCCUGCCCGGGAGCAAAGGAGGAGCCAGGGUCACUUUUAGCUCGUGCAACAAAACGGAUGCAACAGCUGGGCUUCCAGAGGAGUGCUUUCUGGGCUUUAAUUUAGCCUGGCCAUGUCGCCUCCAGCUAACACACACCUAGCCUACACCCCUCCUGAUGGGGGAUGGGGCUGGGCAGUAGUAUUUGGAGCGUUCAUUUCCAUUGGAUUUUCAUACGCUUUUCCUAAAGCCAUAGCAAUCUUCUUCAAAGAAAUCCAGGAUUUCUUUGGCACAUCCUACAGUGAGAUUGCAUGGGUGUCUUCAAUUAUGUUGGCCACUACCUAUGGUGGAGGUCCUAUUAGCAGUAUUUUAGUGAAUCGUUUUGGCAGCCGACCAGUGGUUAUAUUUGGAGGCCUGCUGUGUGGAAUUGGGAUGAUUUCGGCGGCGUUCUGCACGAGCAUUUUACAGCUUUACAUCUGCGUUGGAGUCGUUUCAGGAUUUGGCCUUGCUCUUAACCUUCAGCCUUCGGUGAUAAUCAUCGGGAAAUACUUCUUGAAAAGGAGACCAAUCGCCAACGGCCUUGCCAUGGCUGGCAGCCCCGUAAUGCUUUCUACCCUUGCUCCUUUGAACCAGUUCCUUUUUGACAAUUUUGGCUGGAGGGGCAGUUUCUUUAUUCUUGGGGCAAUUUUACUGAACUGCUGUGUGGCUGGUGCUCUCUUCAGGCCCAUCGGAAUGGCAGCUGACCCUGUUCAGAAACCAACCAUCAAACAAGCUGAAAAGACUGUAAAAGAGCAGCCCAAUAAAAGCUCAGUUGAAAUGCUCUCUCCCAAAACUGUCAGUUUGUUGAGCGGAACAGAAGACGAGGAGGACAAAGACUGCUGUGAGAAGUUUAAUAAGUACCUUGAUUUUUCCCUCUUUAAGCACAGAGGUUUCCUGAUUUACCUGAUUGGAAACGUGCUCAUGUUUCUGGGAUUUUUUGCCCCUAUUGUUUUUUUGGCCCCUUACGCGAAGCACCUUGGCAUUGAUGAAUACUCAGCAGCCUUCCUCCUUUCUAUCCUUGCAAUAGUUGAUAUGAUCGCCAGACCCACCACUGGAAUUAUUGCCAACAGUAAAUGGGUGAGGCCAAAGAUCCAGUAUUUUUUCAGCUUUUCAAUUGCUUUUAAUGGUGCCUGCCAUCUCCUGUGCCCCUUAGCCACAGGCUACACGGGUCUAGUCAUAUACUCCGUCUUUUUUGGCUUGGCCUUUGGUAUGGUUUGUGCCAUGCUCUUUGAAACCCUCAUGGACCUCGUGGGAGCUGCGCGAUUCACAAGUGCUGUUGGCCUUGUCACCAUAGUGGAGUGUUGCACGAUACUUCUUGGACCACCUAUUGGAGGAACGCUUAUAGAUACUUUUGGAGAUUACAAAUACAUGUUCAUUAAAUGUGGAGCUGUGAUGGUCUUAGCAGGAACAUUCCUGUUCAUCAUGAAUUAUUACAAUUAUCGUAUGCUGGCGAAAGAGGAGAGGGAAAGAAAAGCGACAGAAGAGACAAUGAAGGACAACAAACAUAUAAGGACAGAAACAGAGGAUGGAAAUAUCUGGGCCAAAGAAAAGAUGCAGGAUGGUCCGGAGGUGGAACCUUUGACAGAUGAAAAAGAGGGACUAAAAAAAGAAGUGAAUGGCAAAAGUGAAGUCUAAGCUUGUUUUAACAGGUUGAUUGGGAAAUUGCUUUUUGUGUUUCUUAAAUUGACUGUAACAAUGACAUGACUUUAGAUGUCUAAUUCUGCAUUGAUACUGCUCUAUUUCUAUA